AUGUUAAAUAAUUUUAUAAGUUGCAAAGUCAAAUCACAAACAAACAAACAACGACAAUCGAAAUAGAAAAUUAAUUUACCUUUUUGUUUAUUUUUAAGAUGGCAAUAUGAAUAACAGCUUAACAUAAGUUGGUUUUAGUAAUCUUUGAAGACCAACCAACUUCUGACUUUUAGUUUAGAUAUAUUUCGAAAAAUACAAAUCAUGCUAGAUUUGAUAGCAAAAGAACUUUUAGUAAUUUAAUUUUCAAAUAAAAAAAAUCCUUCUGAAAAAACAGUUUUAUACAAUUAAUAUUAUCUCUAAAGCAUUCAUCUCUAUAUACUAUAGAAAAUAAAAAUAUCACUUCUUGUUAAAGAUUAUGUUUGUGGUUCAAUUUUAAACCUAUUCCUAAGAUUCAAUAACCUACAUAAAUUCUGUUUAACUCAAUUAAAGCUGUUUAAUUAGCAAAUUUAAUUUGAACUAAUGUAUCUUACUGAUUAAAUGAUUGAAGCAUUUACUUCUACUUUUAAUUAAGAAUAUAAACCUAUCAAAAAUAAAAUACAACAACAAAAUUUAUAAGACAUACUCAAAUUGGAAAUCUAGUAGGAUAAUCACACAAUCAUCAUGCGCAAAAAUUACAGCACCUGUACUUAAGAAUUAAGUUAUGCUCAACUAUUUAAAAUAUCAAAGUAAGUUUAAAUAAAAAAUAAUGUUAAAUUAGUUUUUAACAAUCUAUAAUGA